CAUUGGCGGCUUUAUUUAAAUAAACAAGCGCUUAUAAUUGCAUUCCUUUUCGAAAGCAAAUGCACAUUUCCAUAUAGCUUAUUAGUGUCAUUGAAUUCUCUUAGCUGUUGUGAGUGUUUACGACUGGACUACAUAGCGUUGGCAACCAAAGGUAAGUUGAAUGUUUUUUCGCCAUUAGACCUAUAAAAUAAGAGAUAAGCGACUUCUAAGAAACGAAAAAUAAAACAAAUUGACGUAUUAAGGUCAAGCAAACGUGGACUCGAGUCAGUAAACUCUCUUCUCUACACAGUAGCACUUGGACCAAACAAAAUUAAUUAAAAUCCUAAGAAAUUGAGUGUAUGUGAGAGAGGAAAGUUAUGAGGACUUGUUGAAACUUGUUCUCUCUUGACAUCUUGGCAACAGCUGAAGUGGGUUCUUCUCAACUCAUCAGAAGUCUUAAAUUAAGGUAUUCCUUUUGUGAUUCUAAACUAGCACACGACCCUCGCUCGUAGAAAACUGAUGGCUCAGUCGGAAAUGAAAAGGGGAGUAGAGUUUGUGGUAAAUGUUGAAAACUGUGUUGAUGAUAAAGAGGAGGACGGAGAUCAGUCUAAUGAAGAAUUUACUGGAUCGUUAACUGAGCAAGAAUUACAGAGAAUCAAGGAAGAAUUAAGAUUGAUUGAUGAUGACGGCGAUGAUAAUCACUGCUCAUCUGAUAGCGAAGCAUAUGGAUCUACUCCAUUUGAUAGCCCUUUGACGGAAGCUGAACGCAAGCUCUUGGAUGAGUUCACUCUCGGGACAACGAGUUCGUUUCCCCGUAGCCCAAGCACGUCUCGAUCAGCAUCACUGGCUGAGGUAGCUGACUCACUUAUCAAAGAUCUCGAAAAAUACACCGCGACCCACACCCUCGAGUAUAAUAACAAUUACGAUUCUGAUCAGUCAGAUAAAGAKGAUUUAGAUGACUACACACAAAACCGGAAUAGAGGAAAGGAAAGCCGUAAUGAUAGUGAUCUGGGAUCAUCCCUUUCCAUGGCUUCUGGGGUUGACGGAUUAGAAAAGCUGGUUGAAGAGCUCGCUCUACGAACAGAUAGCAAAUCCAUAAAGAAUUGCAAUAGCGAUACAUCUACAUUAUCCAUGGAUUUACAAGAAAUUCAAAAUGGCAGUGAAGUUGUUGACGAACUCAAGAGCUUGGGAUCAACACCUGAUAAUAACGCAAAGAGUGUAGUUAAAGAGAAGAAGUCAGAUGCUGCACAAGUCGAUCAUUCACUUGAGAUGGAUGUUGAUUUCUCCGCCAUCAGCUCUCGUUCUUCUUCAAUCCAAUCGGGUUCAAUUCCUGCGUCUGUAGACUCGGGGCUUCCAGUCAACGAUGCUUCUACUGGACAACAUCGGUAUUUCGUAGUUGUUGCUAUUGACUUUGGGACAACAUUCAGUGGUUAUGCGUUUGCCUUUACUCGAGACCCUGAGAGCAUCCAUAUCAUGAGACGAUGGGAAGGUGGAGACCCUGGGGUAUCCAAUCAGAAGACUCCAACAACACUACUAUUGAGGCCUGAUGAAACUUUUCACUCAUUUGGUUUUGGCGCUAGAGAUUUUUAUCAUGAUUUGGAACCCGAUGAAGCACGCAAAUGGUUAUACUUUGAGAAGUUUAAGAUGGCUUUACAUACUAAAAAGAAUCUCAAUAAAAAUGUCGAAAUCAAAGCAGCAAAUGGAAAACCUAUAAAAGCCGUUACAGUAUUUGCACAUGCUUUGAAAUUCUUCAAAGAUCACGUAAUCGAAGAGCUGACAGACCAAUCAGCGACGCAAAUUCUUGAGGAAGAUAUCCAAUGGGUAAUCACGGUACCUGCUAUUUGGAGGGCUCCUGCUAAGCAAUUCAUGAGGACUGCGGCUUAUGAGGCUGGUCUUGCCACGUCCAACGAACCUGAUCGAAUUCUGAUUGCUCUUGAGCCUGAAGCAGCAUCAAUUUUUUGUCGAAAGCUGAGACUCCGAGACUGUGUGUGGCAAGAAUCCAAGAGACGAUCUACUAUUUCAUCAAGCACAGAUGAGCAAAUUGAAGAGGAAUUUCAAGACAAAACACGGUACAUGGUGGUUGAUUGUGGUGGUGGUACAGUAGAUCUGACAGUCUAUGAGCUCAACACUAAAGCAGGUACAUUAGAGGAGCUUCACAAAGGAACAGGGGGAGCAUGUGGAGCUACAGGUGUCGAUCAAGAGUUUGAAAACCUCCUUAAGAAAAUCUUUGGUAAAGAAUUUAUCGACCAGUUUAAGUCGAAACGUCCGGCCGGUUGGGUUGAUUUGAUGAUUGCGUUUGAAGCCAAGAAAAGAACUGCCAGUUCCAACAAGGCCAACCCUCUCAAUAUUUCUCUUCCAUUUGUAUUUAUCGAUUAUUACAAAAAACACAAAAGUUCGACAGUUGAAUCAGCUGUGAAAAAAUUUGGAAGUUCUAAGAUCAAAUGGAGUUCACAAGGCAUGUUAAGGGUUGCUCCUGAAACUAUGAAUGAACUAUUCGCCCCAGUCUUGAAGCAGAUUAUUCAACACAUACGUGUUUUGCUGAGCACCCAAAGUGUAUCUGAUAUUGCGUACUUGUUUCUCGUUGGUGGAUUCGCUGAAUCACCACUGCUACAAACUGCUGUAAGAGAUGCCUUUGGUUCACAAAUGCGAAUAAUUAUCCCACAAGACGUCGGUCUCACAAUUCUUAAAGGAGCCGUAUUGUUUGGUUUAGACCCAACUGUCGUACGUGUUCGUAGAGCAGCAAUGACGUAUGGUGUCGGUGUACUCAAUCGAUUCGUGCCUGGAAAACAUCCCAAGUCAAAACUGGUGAAGAAAAAUGGCAUUGAGUGGUGUACAGAUAUACUUGAUAAAUACGUUAUUGUUGAUCAAGCUGUUAAUCUGGGAGAUAAAGUGACAAGAAGUUAUGCGCCUGCAAAACCUGGUCAAAACUACACCAUCAUAACGAUUUACAGCUCUGAUGAAGAACAUGUAACUUUUGUCACAGAUUCUGGGGUGAAAAAAUGUGGUCAGUUGAGAAUUGAAAUGCCAGACAUGAAGAACAAUGAUCCUAUUAAACCGAGAGAAAUCCAAGCUUCGAUGGAAUUUGGUAACACAGAAAUCAAAGUUAGCGCUGUGGACGUAUUAUCUGGGCUGGAUGCAAGGGCAUCAAUAGAUUUCCUAAGUAAUUAGACCUUGAAUGUUCAUAUAGAAUGAUUCUUUUUGUUAUUUAUGUCAUAGAGUGUGCCUUUGUGGAUUUUUUUAUUUGAAACGUUAUGCUUCAGUCGUGGAAUGCCUGAAUUUUUUACACCACACCACACCACACCACACCACACCACACCACACCACACCACACCACACCACACC